UUGUCAUGAUGCAGUUUCACAUGUAAAUCAGUUGGGACCAAAUUUCUAGGAUAAAAUUUGGGGUUUUGAAGGUAAGUGAGCGCAUUUCGCCGCCAUUAUCUUUUUUUAUUUACCUACAAUGUCGCUUGCAAUCCGGCGCGUGCUGAGAACGUCACCGGAGUGACGCAGCUAGCCGCAAAUCUGUUUGCAAAACCAGCGAGCUAGAGAGAGCUAGCCUGGGUUAGCUACUACGUUUGCUUCAUUUGUUUGUGUUCAUGACAAAAAAAAAACUAAGUUGCUAUUUAGAAAUUCUCUUUUCAAAAUCAAUUCUAAGACAGCAAACAGCUCUGUACAUUUAAAAAUAACAGUGUUAACUUAAAWAUGGGGCACCAGCAACCCUCCCGACCCCACUGAGGAACCAGGGUGUCAAGAAAAUGGAUGGAUGGAUGGAUGAACUUAAAAAUGGCAGUUAAAAAAAACUGCAUUAUUUUGAAUACAGGGUGAAAWACUUCCAGGACCAAACGCAAUGAGUACCCAGUACAGCAUUCUGUUCAAGCAAGAACAUGCUCAUGACGAUGCCAUCUGGACAGCAGCAUGGGGCAAAAGUGAAGCGGACGGCUCGGAAACCAUCAUCACCGGUUCACUAGAUGAUUUGGUCAAAGUCUGGAAAUGGUCGGAUGAGAAGCUGGAGCUGCAGUGGACCCUGGAGGGUCACCAGCUGGGCGUGGUCUCUGUGGACAUCAGUCACCAUGGAGCCAUCGCUGCCUCCAGCUCCCUGGACGCACACAUCCGCCUGUGGGACCUGGAGUCGGGGAAACAGAUCAAGUCCAUGGAUGCCGGACCAGUUGAUGCAUGGACAGUCGCCUUUUCUCCAGACUCUAAGUACAUCGCCACAGGCAGCCAUCUUGGAAAAGUGAACAUCUUCGGUGUGGAAAGCGGCAAGAAGGAAUAUUCCCUGGACACCAGAGGAAAAUUCAUCCUCAGUAUAGCUUACAGCCCCGAUGGAAAGUAUUUAGCCAGCGGCGCGAUCGAUGGGAUCAUCAACAUCUUCGACAUCGCCACCGGGAAGCUACUCCACACACUUGAAGGUCACGCCAUGCCCAUCAGAUCCCUCACCUUCUCCCCAGACUCCCAGCUGCUGGUCACCGCCUCUGACGAUGGAUAUAUCAAAAUAUACGACGUACAACACGCCAACCUUGCCGGCACGCUGAGCGGCCAUGGCUCCUGGGUUCUUAAUGUGGCGUUCUCUCCGGAUCACACCCACUUUGUCUCCAGCUCGUCUGACAAGAGCGUGAAGGUUUGGGACGUCAGCACCAGAGCUUGCAUCAACACUUUCUUCGACCAUCAAGACCAGGUGUGGUGCGUGAAGUACAACAGCAAAGGCUCAAAGAUCGUCUCUGCCGGCGACGACCGCGCCAUCCACAUCUACGACUGCCCGUUGUGAUGAAGAGCAGCAGCUGGAGGAAGAAAAGGUUUCCAUUGAUACUUAGAGGGGGGAUUUGGGGUAGUAAAUGUGUUAUUGUUUAUGCACUGGCUAAAUUGGGCCAAAUAAAAUACUUUUUGGUAA